CAUAUUGAAUGUGAGACCCAUUAGUAGUGUUCAGUUCAUCGAGACAUCGAUUUCUUGUUUGGAUUCAAUUGAAGUGAUCAUCAAAUCGGUGGACAAAUGGCCAACAAGUUAGCGGAUUUCCUGAACCGUUUGGGUCGCAACCCCUCGGGCCUUAGCCUCGGUAUCAAACUAUUGGUGGGCGCGGGAGGGCUCGGAUACGCCGCCACUCAGUCAGUCUAUACCGUGGAUGGCGGCCACAGAGCCAUAAUCUUCAACCGAAUCGGUGGUGUCGGAAGUGGUAUUUACUCCGAGGGCUUACACUUU